CUACUGAAAUAGUUGAAGAAAUGUUCAGUUAUGUGGCGAAAAACGCACGACUUCCUCUUCUCUUUUACCUUUAAACUGUUUAACUAUUCAUUUAUUGGUUCCUUUUUCAGAGACAAAUGUGUAAAUUGAAGUAAUGUAAUAAGUACGUAUAAUAUUAAUUUAUAGAAAAAUAUGACUCUUUGGCUACGAUACAAAAAAUUUCGAGACUGCAAAAAAUUAUGAUAUUCAAAAUUGUGAUAUUUUGUUUGAUUUUAAUUUGUUCGGCGAGCAUUUUAUUCUACUCAGAGCACUUAGAUAUUAACAUUUUUAAGACUCAUGAUUUUGCGAAAGAAAAUUACGAUAGCCAAUCGAUUUUGGAAAGACUAAUAUAUUUAGAAAGACAAGAACAAGCGUCGCAAAUGUGCCACUUAUUCAAAUUACCAAAAGCUGAUGAUGACUAUCGACAAGCAAUUAACGACACGGUGCUCUUGGAUCAUAUACUCGUUGACAAUCGACACAAACUGUUGUACUGUUACGUGCCAAAAGUAAGACAUUAUAUUGUUAAAAUUGGUUUUGAACAGUAAAUUUCUAAUAACACAAAAUAACAAAU